AUCGUAGCCUCGUGACCUCCGUCUAGGAUGCUACUUCAGGAUGCUCACCAAUUUGGUCAGAAGCUGCUGCGCAGGCGGCCACUGGGGCCCAGAGAGGAGACUGACCAUCACACGGCUGGUUGUCUGAACACCCUAGACCUGGUGAUCAUAGGCGUGCGCAGGAUGUUGGGAGCUGGCGUGCACAUCCUGGUUGGAGCAGUGGCCAAGUACAUCGCUGGACCAGCAAUCAUCCUCUCCUUCUUGGUGGCUGCCCUGUCUUCUCUGUUGUCUGGGAUCUGCUAUAUAGAAUUUGGGGCCCGUGUACCACGCUCUGGUUCUAUGUAUCUCUACAGCUAUAGCAUCAUGGGUCAGGUGUAUGGCUUCACCAUCGGCUGGAAUCGCAUACUGUCCUUAACUGUUGGCACUGCCUGUAUAGCCCGGGCCUGGAGCUACACCUUCGACAGCCUGAUUGGGAACCACAUCUCUCAGGCGUUAGAGAGAACUUUCUCCUUGAUUAUGCCCUACUACCUGGCCAAGUACCCAGACUUUUUUGCCCUGGGCCUGGUGCUGCUGCUCACGGGACUACUGGUUCGGGGAGUUCAUGUGUUACCCCAGGUUAACAAAGUGUUCAUGGGCAUCAACAUUUUGGUCCUCAGCUUCAUCAUCAUCUCUGGCUUCAUUACGGGAGACCUGCACAACUGGAAACUCACAGAACAGGACUACACAUUGAACACCUCUGAAUCCAAAGACAUUUAUAGCUUGGGCCCUCUGGGUUCUGGAGGGUUUGUGCCUUUCGGCCUUGAUGGGAUUCUCCGAGGAGCAGCUUUAUGUUUCUACAUGUUCAUUGGUUUUGAUUCCAUUGUCACUACAGGGGAAAAAGCCCAAAAUCCUCAGCGGUCCAUCCCCAUCAGCAUCGUGGUCUCAGUCUUGAUCUGCUUUGUGGUGUAUUUUGGUGUCUCAGCAGCUCUCACCCUCAUGGUGCCCUACUACCAAAUUCACCCUGACAGCCCCUUUCUACAGGCUUUUCUCCAUGUUGGGUGGGGCCCUGCCAGAUAUGUCGUGGCUGUUGGCAUCCUCUGUGCUCUUUCAUCCAGCCUCCUGAACACCAUGUUUGCCAUGUCUUGGUUGAUCUACACAAUGGCAGAGGACGGGCUCCUUUUCCGAUUUCUUGCCCAAGUCAACGCCCGUACACAUACCCACAUCAGGGUCAUCAUGAUUUCUGGAAACCUUGCAGGGGUCUUGGCGUUACUCUUCCAUUUCAGUGAUUUGAUGGAUCUCAUGUCACUUCGGUCCCUGCUUGCUAACUUGGUGGUCGAUUUUUCUGUCCUUGUGCUCAGGUAUCACUCAGACCAGAAUUUAAGCAAGAACCAAAAAACAGAGGAAGAAACUGAGAUGGAGCUUGUAGUCAAAGAAAGGUCUUUGGAUUCUGCACUUGAAGCCAGCACCUUAAGUUUUCUAAAGAGUCUGUGGUUCCCUCCCAGCACCAUCCCCACCCGGAAAUCUGGCCAGAUUGUCUAUGGAUGUGCCUUCCUGCUUGUUCUCCUGCUGAUUAUCCUCAGCCUUAUCCUGGUCCAGAGGCCCAGCCAGGUGUUCUCUGGAGACCCCGUGCUCACAACAGUGGCUGUGCUGCUGCUGCUGCUCAUCACUGGGGUCACGGUCAUCAUUUGGAGGCAGCCCCAGGACCCCACUGCUCUUCACUUCAAGGUCCCUGCUCUGCCUUUCCUCCCACUGGUGAGCAUCUUUGUGAACAUUUACCUGAUGGUGCUCAUGAGCACUUGGACCUGGGUCCUAUUUGGCAUCUGGAUGGUUAUUGGAUUUGCCAUAUACUUUGGAUAUGGGAUCCGACACAACUUAGAGGAGGACACUGACAACACAGCAGCCUCCACUUCCCAAAUGCUGGACAAAAACAUCCCUGAUGCUGAGUCAUCUUAA